CGUUCCAUUCAGUCGAUUCCGAUCCACUUCGCCUAUCAUCCCUUGCUCGCAUUUCCAUCGGAUUCACUCCAGAGGCCGAUCGAUCGAGCUUAUUGGUCAAUAUCUGCUUCUGAGUUUCGGGAGAAUGGCGUCCGCCAAGCUCGUCGUGCCUAUUGUGGCUGUCUGCGCGUUGAUCGGAGUGCUUCUCGUGGCGGCUCCGUGGCACGAUGCAGGAUCCAGCAAUGUGAUUGCCGCUGAAGCCGGCAGCGACUUCGCCGCCAGCCACGGCCGCGUGCUUAAGUCCAAGAGCUCCGAUAAGAACAGCACCGAUACAAGCAGCAAGAAGUCCGCGACCACCCCUACCGACACGUCGACGGGCAAGAAGUCCAAGAAGUCGAAGGCGCCUGCCGACAGUCCCGCGGCAUCGAACAAGACGUCGAGCAAGAGCGGCAAGAGCGGGAAGAAGAAGGACUCCGGAUCUUCCCCCUCCCCCUCGCCCCCGACGAAGAAGGGCGGAAAGAAGAGCUCAACUUCCCCGUCCCCGCCCUCCCCCUCCCCCUCGACGACGAAGAAGGGCGGAAAGAAGGGCGGCUCCUCCGCUUCCCCCCCUCCCCCCUCGCCCGCGGUGAAGAAGGGCGGCCACCGCAAGAACUCCACCACCCCCGCGCCGGCCACUGAUCCCGCCACUCCCGCUCCCACCACCAGCGGAAAGAAGGGCAAGAAGGGCGGAAAGAACGCGGGCGCGGGCACAGGCACGGGCGGGUCUGCGCCGAUCGUGGUGAGCAAGGCGGACCAGAAGAUCCAGGCGCAGCUGACCUCCGCCGCCGCGGACGUGCAGAAGGCUGCGGACCUCCUCGGCGCGAAGAACACGUACUAUGCGAGCCUGACGGCGACGGUGCAGGCGCUGACGAACGCGGGGAUCCUCAUUGACGAGGGGCAGCGCACGCUCGUCGCGGGGCAGAUCACCAACGCCGUUUCCACCAUCGACGGCGUCUCCGUUAUGCUCGACCCCGUUAACGAUAAGAAGGUGCUCGCGCUGCUGGCGGGCGCCAAGAGCACCGCGGAGGGCGCGUCGAAGUCGUUCAAGGCGUAAGAGCCGUUAUACGGAAACCACUCGAGGCUGCCAAGAUGCAAUAGAGGAGAUGGUGAAUCAGGAAUGGGGCCAGUAGCGGUCGGCAAUCACAGGAGUAGACGAAGCGACAACUGACAUAGCCGUAGCCAUAAUUGAUGUACUCGCGCUAUAUUUCAGAAAUAAAGGUUGUGUUGAUGG